CAAGUAAGAUGGCGGCGGCGACUUAAGUGAGUCCGUUGCUCAGGCUCUCGUAAUUGAGCUCUCGAGAGUCCGUCGUUCCCGCAGGCCGCCUGUCGGCUGGCGGGAGCUGGUCGCUGGCCCGGCUGCGGGCGGAGGGCUUCCCAGAGGCGCGGCGGCUGCCACCCGGGCCGUGUGAACCCUGGCCGCCCUUCCUCUAGAGUGGGGCGGGGGAGUGCGCUGGCAGCACCCGCCCGAGAAUACCAGCUUUGCUCACCUACUGCCUGUCUGGUUGUGAGUGAAAAUCCAAAGGAAGACAGUUGUCAGCUGAGCUAUUAACAAUGCAACCACAGCAGUUAAUGUCCUUCAAAGAUGUAGCUGUAGACUUCACCCAGGAAGAGUGGGCAUUGCUAGACACAUCUCAGAGACAACUGUUCAGAGAAGUGAUGCUGGAGAAUAUUAAUCAUCUGGUCUCAGUCGGAUGUGAGGUCUGCAAAUCAAAUGUGUUUUCCCAGUUGGCCCAGGGAGAGGUAGUGUGGAGAGAAGGAAUAAAAUGUCUCCAAAACCAGAAGCCAGGCAUGAAAAUUGCCUGUGCAAAGCAAGAGAUGGUAAUGCAACUUAUCUACAGUAACUACAAUUCUGAGGACACAUCAUUGAUAUCUCACAUUCAGAAGAAUUCCUUUAAAUGUAAUUAUUUGCAAGAGGAUUGCACCCUCAGAUCCACAGUGACUCAAUAUGCAUUAAUUCCCAUUGGAAAGAAACCAUAUUUAAGGAAACCACUUGGAAAAGUCCUCGGUGACCAUUCAUCUUGUAAUAAACAUGAGCAGAAUCACAAUAGAAGUAAAUUCUAUGAAGGCCAUCAAAAUUCUAGCCCCUUUAUUAAAAGCACUGGCCACAAACAAUACAAUAGAACUCAAAAUGGUGAUAAACCAUACAAAUGCUUUCUAUGUGGGAAUGCCUCCAUUGGAUUUAUUGAUUUUAGACGACAUGAGAGAACAAACACUGGAGAGAGACUCGAUGAAUGUAACCUGUAUGGAAAAGCCUUCAGUCAGUCUUCUAAUCUUCAACAAAAUGGAAGAACUCAUGCUGGAGACAAACCCUAUGAAUGCAGUACAUGUGGGAAAGCCUUCAUUUAUUAUUCCACCUUUAGAGUACAUGAGAGAACACACACUGGAGAGAAACCCUAUGAAUGCCACCUAUGUGGGAAAACAUUCAGCCAGUAUUGUCAUCUUAAACGACAUGAGAGAACACACACUGGAGAGAAACCUUAUGAAUGCCAUGUAUGUGGGAAAGCCUUCAGCCAAUCUCAUUAUCUUAGAGAGCAUGGGAGAAUACACACUGGAGAGGAAUGCCCUGAGUGUCUUCUUUGUGGAAAAACCUUCAUUCGUUAUUCUCACCUUAGCCAACAUGAGAGAACUCACACUGGAGAGAAACCCUAUGAAUGUAAUCUAUGUGGGAAAGCCUUCACUCAACUUUCUAGUCUUCAACAACAUGAGAAAACUCACACGGGAGAGAAACCCUAUGUAUGUAAUCUGUGUGGGAAAGCCUUCACUCGACUUUCGAAUCUUCAGCAACAUGAGAGAACUCAUACUGGAGAGAAAACCUAUGAAUGUCAUAUAUGUGGGAAAGCCUUCAAUGAUUGUUCUUCCUUCAGACGACAUGAGAGAACUCACACUGGAGAAAAACCCUAUGAAUGUAAUCUGUGUGGGAAAGCCUUCACUCGACCUUCUGGUCUUCAACACCAUGCGAGAAUACACACUGGAGAAAAACCAUAUAAAUGCCAUAUAUGUGGGAAAGCCUUCACUGGUUGGUCUGACCUCAAACGACAUGAGAGAACUCACUGGAGAGACAACCCAUAAAUACCGUAUAUGUGGGAAAACCUUCAGUGGUCUCACCUCAGACAACAUGAGAGAGCUCACACUGGAGAGAAACCCUUUGAAUGCCUUACCUGUGGGAAAGCCUUCGUUGAUAUCUAUGCCCUUCGAUGACAGAAGAGGACUCACUGUAGAAAAACCCUAUGAAUGUGAUACAUGUGGGAAAGCCUUCAGUUCUACCCUCAGAUGACAUGAGACAACUCACACUGGAGAGAAACCCUAUGAAUGUCAUACAUGUGGGAAAUUGUUAAUUGAUAUCUCUGCCCUGAGAUAAGAUGAGAGAACUCACUGGAGCGAAAACCUGUGAAUGUAAUCUAUGUGGGAAAGCCUUCACUUUUUUAGUCUUCAACAACAUAAGAAAACUCACUGGAGAGAAAACCCUAUGAAUGUCAUACAUGUGGGAAAGCCUUGAAUGAUCUGCACACAAAUGACAUGAAAGAGCUCACAAUGGAGAGAAACCCUAUGAAUGCUAUACAUGCGUGGAAGCCUUCAUUGAUUUUUCUACCCUCAGAUGAUGAGAGAACACACUAGAGAAUCCCAGUGAAUACCAUACAUGUGAUAAAGCUUAAAUUCAAUAUUUUUAUCUUAACAUGAGAAUGUACAUGGGAGAGAAACCCUGUGAAUGCCAAAUGUGCAGAAAUUAAUAUAAAGAGUAGUGUUCCAAAAUUAAGAGGCAGUACCUGGAAACAUACACACUUGGCAUUAUGGUCAAGUUAAUAGAUUUUUUAGCUUUGUAUAGCAAUUACAGUUAAAUUCCCCUUCCUCUAACAGAUUGUACCCAUGCAUACAUGGCUGGAAACAUGGAUAAAAAUAAAUCCAAAUAAAUUCUUUCA